CAGCCUCCAGGGCUGCCGCGAUGGCCGCCCGAGCCGUGCCCUCGUCCGGGGGAGCGGCAGAGUCCCCCGAACCCCCGGGAGCCUGCGGGCACACAACGGCGCCGCCCCGAGCUGCCGGCUGUCGCGGCGGGAGGCUGUCUCGUCCAGGACUACGUUUCCCAUGGCUCCUGCCGGGGCCGCACAUGCUCGGCGCGGCUCCCGGCGCCGCCCGGCGCGGAUCCCGGGGCAGCCCGCGGGCCGGCUCCCGGCGGUUCCCCGUGCAGCUCCCGGCGCGGUUCCCGGCGGGGCAUCCUCCCGGUGCCGCCCCCGGGAGCGCACGGCCGAGCCCCGCCGCCGGCCCGGGCCCGAGCGAUCGCGGCACCGCCGCCCCGGCCGGCAGCAUGCCCCGCGGGCGAGCCUGGACGCAGGAGGAGGUCAGCAGGCUGCUGUCGCUGGUGGUGGAGUCGGGGGAGGCCGCGCUGCUCAUGGCCUCCACGUCGCGGUCCAACGAGGCGCUCUGGCGGCAGAUCUCCCACGGCCUGGCGGCGGCCGGCUACAGGCGCAGCGUGGCCCAGUGCCGCUCCAAGUGGAAGGCGCUCAAGCAGGCUUUCCACUCGGAGCGGGAGACCUACCGGAGGGCAGAACUCCACUCGCCCCGGCUGCCGCCGCACUACCGAGCCAUGAAGAGGAUCUGGGAGGCGGCCGGGCGGCCCGUCUUUGGCGAGCGGAGGAUGGCGCUUGCGGUGAAGCUGCCCUUCGGAAGGCGAAGGUCAGCCCCUGCCACACGCUCUCCAUCCUCACCAGAGCCACCAGAGCACGACGUUGGCGGGGACACCCCCAGCACAAUGCUGUCACCGAUACUGCAGCGUGUGAAGGACGAGCCGGAGAGCCCAGCUGGUGGGGAACGCAUCGCUGGAGUGCCACCCACACCCCCUGCCAUGCCACACACCAGUUGCUGCUUCUUUCCCCUCUCCCUCCUGGGCUGUCACACUGACCUGAAGCUGGAAGGAGCUGAGGGAAAGGCCAGUUUUCCUGGUGGAACAUCCCUGGGGAUGGGAAGAGGAAACGAAGUGCUGCCACUGGCUGCUGCAGCCACAGGCUCCCACGGGACAGCAGCCAUGAGUGAGCAGCCAGGAGCAGGUGACGAUGCAUCAGACACAAGCCUGCAUGGCUCUGGCAUGGCAGGCUUACUCCAGAAUGUCCAGCAACUGCUGGUGCAGAUCCUGCAGACGUCUCGGCAGCAGCAGGCACUACUGGAGAGCCUGGCCAGAGAUACCAUCUCCUACCUCCAGCUCCUCUCCCACAGCCUCGUCCAGGUGGGCGAGACCCUGCACCAGCUCCUGCUCCAGCCACAGACCCAUCCUCACCCCCUUGGCCACUGUGUGCCCCAGGUGCCCCUUCUUGGAGGUGGCUCUGGAGUGCCCUGCUCUCCUGGUGCUCCCCAAGUAUCCCUGGCUCACAAAGAGGGGCUUCAGCUGUCCCCUGAUGCCAGGUGCAUCCCCCGCUGAGUGCCACCAUCGCUGGCGCCAGGAGCAGCAGCUUCGCUACAGAGCUGUGGCACAAAUGUUUAUAUCAGAGGUUCCAGAUAUUUUGAAAGUUUAUACUAGAGAGACAUUUAAUAAAAUUAAAAAUAGCUUUUCUACCAGCAAUGGCAACUGACCAGUUCUUUGCCCGUCUCUGAGGAAUGUUCCCCUUCUUACUUUCAAGAUGAGCAUGAGGGGAACUCAGCUCUUUACGGACUCAGAGAAACUCCCAACCCACACAGCAGGGGCAGAUGUACUUUGCCUACCCUUUACAGCAGCGCCUGGGGUGGGCAUCACACCCUCCUGGGAGAUGUGCUGCUGUCUGUGGAGCAGAGCAGGGCCCCUGCCAGGAGUGGAGGCCAGGAAACCAGGCUGCAUCCUUCUCCAAGGAAAGAGGCUGGGGUGGGCAAUGCUGUGCUGGGGAAGCAGCGUGUACAGCAGCCACUGUCCCUUAGUGUCCAGGUCCUUGGCAGGUUUCUUCCAGGGGACGAUCUGGGGCUGUCACAGCUGGUACUGUGGGCUUGCCUCGUGCUCUGGUGAGGCCCUCCUGCUCCAGGAGGCAUCCUCCAGCUUCAGUACAUGGAUCACCAUUAAGGUAGCAGUAGCUGCAGACUAGGUAGCAGUAGCUGCGUGUGCCUAGAGAAGGGACUGACUCGCCUGGACCCCACCACCUUCACCAGUUUGUGUACAUCCUCCAUGCUGAGGGGGCAAUGUGCUGUCUGCCUCCAGAAUCUCUGCCACAUCCAGGGAGAGGAAGUGUACGUCAUGUAGACAUCAGGAAAAUGGUUGUGCCAUGCCAGAUGCCAUGUGCUGGAGGGCUGGCAGGUGGCCUGCCUCUUCUGCUAGAAGAGGAGGGAGGCCCUGUAGAGGCCAGUCCAUGCCAGAUCAAGCCCAGCCAGGAAGGUGGGCAAGCAGUCCACGUUGAAGCAGCUGUCAUCCCGUCUUGAGGAUGUAUGGACGGAUGAUGGAUUGUUGUGAUGCACUACAUUGUUAUUUGGAUACUGCACUGGGUGUUGUGUUAUACAAAUGUUUCCCCCCUUUCCUCAGAUGGUGUAUCCCUCAGAUAAGGUGGUCUUGUCCCUUAAAGCCUUUCCCUUUGCCCCUCCCCACUGGGGUGGCCUUCCGUCCCCGCCUCCCAUUCCGCGGGUAUAAAUGUCCCUUGAGUUGGGAGUUCUCUCUCUCUUCUUCACCUGGAAACCCUACGA